CAUCAAGCGCGGGUCAAAAAAAAAAAAAAAAAAAAUGUACCGUAUCAACUAUCAAGCGUCUAAAAUGUAUUGGUCUAGCAUUGUUCAAAUAUUUUUUUUCUUAAUUUUGUUUCGAGGUAAACGUAUUCACAGCAUACGAGCAAAACAAGGGUGAGAAAUUGGAAGAGGCGGACUGCUUUUAUUGGGAAGUGAUCAAAAGUCGUUUUGACCAUCGAUCGAUCGAGAGAGAGAGAGAGAGCUGAAGAGACCUUUCCCAAAAUGUAUCAUCACAAAGUAGCAGUAGUAGAAGAAGAACAGGAAGAGUACAAAUCAUUUUCAUCAUCAACAGCAUCCACUGCUAAUGAUGAUGAAGAUGACGACGAUGGUGAUGAAGAUGAAGAUGACGAGGAAUCGGAGGAAUCGGCCAUCUAUGGAAGAAUUGGAAGUAGAGAGAGAUGGAUGGAGCACUACUCGUCCUCCCACAGAAUACUGCUGGUGGGAGAAGGGGAUUUCUCCUUUUCUCUCUCACUCGCCAAAGCUUUUUCCUCUGCCCGCAACAUGGUCUCCACUUCUAUCGACUCUCAGCAGGAUCUGCUAAAGAAAUACAGUAAUGGGUUAGCGAACGUGAGGGAUUUAGAAGAGAUGGGUUGUGUGGUUUUGUACGGAGUUGAUGCUACAAAGAUGAGCCAACACUUUUUCCUCUCUACUCAUAGGUUUGAUCGUAUAGUUUACAACUUCCCCCAUGUCGGCUUUCUCUUCCCCGAGGCCAAUGGCUGCCAGAUCAAGUUGAAUAAACAAUUGAUUAAAGGGUUUCUGAGGAACGCUAAACUGCUGUUAAGGAAGGAGGAAGGAGAGAUUCAUGUAAGUCAUAAGGAUGGUGAACCUUACAACAAGUGGGACCUGGUGAAGAAAGCAGAGAAAAUAGGCCUGGCUUUACAUGAGAGUGUUCCCUUCUGCAAGGAAAAGUAUCCUGGUUAUGGCAACAAGAGAGCCCAUGGUAGCUUCUCGGAUUCUUCCUUCCGCUUAGGGGACUGCACUACUUUCAAGUUUAAGCUUGCUCACUCUUGCUAGUUUGCUUGGAAUUGGAAGUAGUAAUUCCUCUGUACUAUCAGAUUAAUUAGUUUGUGCAAGAAGUUUGAAUUCUUGACAAUGGUGAUCUUUUUCUCAGCUUUUGUUCAUAUUGCUUCUGUUAAUGUAACGUUUCCUUUCUGUGCUGCUUGAGGCAAA